GAUAGUGGAUCGAUCCACUUGGAGACGGUACACGGUCAUUCAAAGCUGCCCUAUUUCUUCCGCCCCCUCCCUCCCUCAACUCCAGUCAUACAAAGCUGCCGACUCCGUCUCACAGUCACUCACUCACUCUUUGAGCUGAGACAAUGAAGGCAGUCCUCAUCUGGCCUUCUCUGCCUCUUUUCCUCCUCUUCAUUCUCCCACGGCUUCACGCCCUUCAACUCUGCACCAAUUCGAUGGCGCCUGUGGCUCUGAAUACUCCUUUACCUUUCUGCGGAUACACUGGCAGCAGCUGCUGCAACGCCACCGAAGACCGCGAGCUCCGGCGGCAGUUCGAGGCCCUGAACGUCUCCGACACGGCAUGCGCUGGCGCGAUGAGAUCGAUCACCUGUGCGAUAUGUGAUCCGUAUUCUGCUGAAUUGUUCGAUACGGGUGCGAGGCUUGGGACAAUUCCUAUUCUAUGCAACUCUACUGUCUCAGCAACCUCUUCACUUGCUAGGGUCUCCAACCAAAGCUUUUGUAAACAAGUUUGGGAUUCUUGCAACAACGUAACAAUACAGAAUUCUCCAUUUGCCGGAUUGCGAUUGCCGGUGUCGUCUGCUAGACUCAACGAUAUCUGGCAUUCUGAAGCAGAUUUUUGUGAAACAUUCGGGGGUCCAUCAAGUGACGACACUCUAUGCUUCGAUGGUAACUCAGCCUCAUUUAGUAGAAGCACAGCCUCACCCAACCCAAAAGGUCUUUGCUUUGAGAGAAUUGGAAAUGGAUCUUAUCUUAACAUGGUUGCCCACCCUGAUGGCUCUAACCGUGUCUUUGUAUCGAAUCAAGCCGGUAAAAUAUGGUUAGCUACUGUCCCUGAACACGGAUCAGGAGGGACAUUGGAGAUUGAUGAGUCCGACCCCUUCCUCGAUUUAACUGAUGUUGUUCACUUGGACGCUCAAUUUGGCUUGAUGGGUCUGGCAUUCCACCCCAAUUUUACGACUAACGGUCGGUUUUUUGUUUCAUACAAUUGCGAUAAGCUUCAAUCAACAAGCUGCUCUGGAAGAUGUUCCUGUAAUUCUGAUGUAGGAUGUGAUCCUUCAAGUCUUGGCAGUGAUAAUGGUGCCCAACCAUGUCAAUAUCAGGCUGUUGUGGCUGAAUAUACUGCCAAUAGCUCCUCAGCAGCACCUUCCAUAGCAACUAGUGCCAAUCCACAAGAAGUAAGGAGGAUCUUCACUAUGGGCCUUCCAUUUACAAAUCAUCAUGGUGGGCAAAUUCUAUUUGGACCAGCAGAUGGCUAUCUAUAUUUCAUGAUGGGAGAUGGUGGAAACAAGGGGGAUCCGUUCAACUUUGCUCAAAACAAGAAAGCUUUGCUCGGAAAAAUUAUGCGACUUGACAUAAACAGCAUUCAAAGUGAGAGUCAAAUAAAUGAUCUUGGUUUGUGGGGGAAUUAUUCCAUUCCAGACGAUAAUCCUUACACAGUCGAUCAUGGACUAGAAGCUGAGAUAUGGGCCUUUGGUCUGCGGAACCCAUGGCGAUGCAGCUUUGAUUUAGAAAGACCUUCCUAUUUUUUCUGUGCAGAUGUUGGCCAGGAGGUGUAUGAAGAGGUAGAUUUGAUCACCAAGGGUGGAAACUAUGGAUGGCAUGUCUACGAGGGUCCUAAUCUUUAUAUACCACCAUUGUCUCCCAGAGUCAACAUGUCACUUAGCUGCAUAAACCGAAUCUUCCCUAUCAUGGGUUACACCCACUCUGAUAUAAACUCGACGAUGGGCUCUGCAUCGAUCACCGGUGGUUAUGUCUACAGGUCGAUGAUAGACCCUUGCUUGUAUGGAAGGUACUUGUAUGCAGAUCUAUAUGGUAGAGAUAUUUGGGCAGGCGCAGAGAUACCUGAAAACAGUGGAAACUACACCAGCACCUUGAUUCCUUUCAGCUGCGCCAAGAACUCUCCGAUACCGUGCGAUGCUGUCGCCGGAAGUCCUCUUCCAAACUUAGGGUAUGUAUAUUCAUUUGGGGAAGACAACAGAAAGGAUGUCUUCCUGUUAAGCAGCAGCGGUGUGUACAGAAUUAUUUCUCCUAGCCACUGCAACUACAGUUGCCCAUUGGAGAACACCACUGGGACCGGGAGUUCAGCUCCUGGUCAAUCUUCAUCUGCACGCCGGACCGAUGGGCUGCUGGGGAGGGUGGUGAUGUUGCUGUUUUUGCUGCUCUGGUGGAUGUUUUAGGCCUCUCUUUUUUGAAUAGAGUCAGAUGGUCUCUAAUACUGUGAACUUUUUAGGCCUUCCUUUUUGAGUGUCGAAACUUGUUUGAUUUGUAUUGAAAGAUUGCAGUGCGAGUGUUGAAAUGUUCUUGAUUUCAAUUGAAGAAUUGCAAGUGAAAGAGAAUGAUGCUGAACAACUUGCUGUUAUCAUUGUGAUUUCAUAGAUUUGAUUAUGUUUUAUGCAA